UUUUUUGUAGAAUUUUGAGGAAAAUAAUGACUUUAAUCGCUUUUGGAAUAAGGCUGUAACAUAACAAAAUGUGGAAAAAUUGAAGCACUGUGAAUACUUUCCAGAUGCACUGUACACGAUGUAAAUAGAAUCCAUAGUUAUUUUCACUUAAUACAAAUAGUCACUGCCAAAUUUUAUAUUGUUUUAGUUACUUUAUAAAUAUCUCUCUUGUCCUUCACAGACUGUCCAGAUAAUGAUUGGUCUGUUGACUCUCCUGUUGGGAAUUGUGUCUACAGUUCAUGCAGCAUCCAUCUUUGUCUUUAGUGGUAUUCCUUUGGGAUCUCUCAUCUACAUUGUCGCAGGCUCACUCUCCAUUGCUGCAGAAAACAAACUGAUUUCACCCUCCAGUUUGUGUUUGGUGAAAGGUUCACUUGGAAUGAACAUUUUCAGUACUUUAAUUGCAGGCACUUCCUUUAUCAUAAUUUCACUGGAUUUUGCUAUAGGGCCAUCGCCUUACUGCGACUAUUAUUAUGAUUGUUAUGAUGAUGAUGGAAAGUAUGAGACUCUCUUCUUUGGAAUCAGUAGUGUAUUACUGAUAUUCGCCUUCCUUGAGCUUAUCAUCUCCAUCUAUCUGUCAGCAUUUGCCUGUAAAGUCACCUGCUGCUGUUCUCCACAGGUUCCGUUUGUUCCACAAGUUAUAACUCAACAGCACUGUUGUUUUGGGCACAAUCACUUCCAUGAUCUUAACAAUUCCCAGAUAUCUGUGGUCAGCAACCCUUCAAUGCAUCACCUUCCUGCUGAAGUUCCUCCACAAUACACUGAAUUUAAAGAAUGAAUAUUAAAACAGAGUUGAGGUGGGACACAUGAGUUUCCCAAUGAUUUCCUGUCCAUUAUCUCUUAUCUUCUUUCAUUAAAAAGAGAACAUGGCAGCAAAGAAAAAAGUUAUCAGAUAAUAAUUA